UUCCAAUUUCAUUUCUCAUUCAUUCCCAAAUCUCAUAACAACAACGUAUCGCAUCUCAACGAAUAAACAAACAUGCUUUCCUCCGUUUCUUUUCCUUCUUCUCUCUACGCCGCAAACUUCGCCGGCAACGCCGUCGCUCCUCCACCUUGCCGAGUUAGAUCUCGGCCAAUAGUUUCCGCCGCUGGUGCUACAGCCACCACUGAAGCUCGUUCUACAUGGACGGAGCAACCUAGACCUUCCUAUCUCAACAUGAACUCUUCUCCUUCAUCGUUCUACGAGAUCCUCGGUGUACCGGCCGGUGCUUCGAUCAAAGAGAUCAAGACGGCGUACCGGCGACUUGCUAGAGUCUGCCACCCUGAUGUGGCGGCGAUUGACCGGAAAAACUCGUCGGCGGACGAUUUCAUGAAAAUUCACGCUGCUUAUUCUACGCUAUCGGAUCCUGAUAAACGCGCUAAUUAUGACCGGAGUAUUUUCCGGCGACAUCGGCCGUUGUCGACGGUGAUGUCCGGUUACUCGAGCCGGAAAUGGGAAACGGACCAGUGCUGGUAGUGAGUCGACUCGUCCGAGUGAACAAUUUAAUAAUUUUAAUUAGAAUAAUAAUAUAACAGAUAACAUAGUUGGGAAGGUGCAGUUAUUGAAGCGCCUUGUCUCAAGUGUAAUUUUGACUAGUAGUAAUUAGGUUUUGAUUUUCAGUUUGUAUUAUACAACGUAUAUAUAUGUACACGUACGCUAGAUGUAGAAGAAGUGGAGCCUGUAUUCAUUGCUAUUUUGAAAUUUUGAAUUCUGAUAACUUUUUCCACUACGAUACAGUAGAAAAAACUGCCACUUGUAUUCAGUAUUUACUACUACUACUGUUUCUUC